UAUUAAUGCCCUAUAAAUAUAUAUUAUAUCCUUGAAAUAUUAUAAGUAUAUAUUUCUAUCCUAGAGACCCUAAAAGCUCUUGUACUGUGAAACAUGCAACAACAAAUAUCUGUCUGAAACAAGAAUUUUUAUACUUUCUUCAAUUCAACAUCAAAUUUAUGUUAUUUUGAACUGUAAAAUAAAUGGAGGGCUCAAGAGGUUUGCCACCUAUUUAUGAUCAUCAUCAGCUUCAAAUCUCCUUUUCUGCCCAUAAUCAUCAUCAAGAAUUGGGUUUUGUACAGUUUGAGGAUCAUCACAAUCAAGUCCUCAGCUUCCUUGGCGGCGACGAGGCUGUUAAGACAGCCGGCGGCUGUAAUAAUGGUUCUUUAGGGUUUAAUAAUCCAAAUGGGCUUCUGAACACAACUUCUUGGAGUAACGACCAGGUUGGGGAAGGAGCAGAAGCUUGCAAGGCUGUUAAUCAUGAGGAUGAUGAAAAUUGCGGUGCUAAUAACAAUGUUAGCGAGAGUGCAACCAAUUCAUGGUGGAGGAAUUGUAAUUCAUCAGAGAAGAGCAAAUUAAAGAUAAGGAGAAAGCUAAGAGAGCCAAGAUUUUGUUUUCAGACAAGGAGUGAUGUGGAUGUGCUUGAUGAUGGCUACAAAUGGAGAAAAUAUGGUCAGAAAGUUGUCAAGAAUAGCCUUCAUCCUAGAAGUUACUACAGAUGCACAUAUAGCAACUGUCGAGUCAAGAAAAGAGUCGAGAGGCUGUCAGAAGAUUGCCGGAUGGUUAUAACGACCUACGAAGGCCGACACAACCAUUCUCCUUGUGACGAUACUAACUCCUCUGAUCACGAGUGUUUCACUUCAUUCUAAGUUAAAAUCACUACAAUUGGGUCUUUUGUAUGUACAACAUUUUUAUACUCCAUGUAAAAAUCUGUUCGUAUGUGUAUACGAUUGAAUUUGCUGUUUGUUGUGGCCCAUGUUUGAAUUCAUGUUCUUUUGUUUGUUUACUGUUGCUGUGG